AUGUCCCUUUCGAAACGUCGCAUCUCUUCACCGCUGGAGGCCGGCCCCUCCAUCCUCGACGCCCAGAACCUAUGCCCACAGCUUAACGACGUCCUCGAGUACGCCGCCGGUCGUCUCGCUCGCAAGGGAGUCGAUCUCACCCUCGUCGUCCUCUCCCGAGAAUACCAGCUUCCUUCCAUUCCAUUGUCGCCCUGUACUUCCCCUGGCGUCGUCUCGCCUCCCUCUUCCCCGGGAAUUCAAGGGACCGCUACAACCGGCACGGCUUGCUCGUCCCCCUCCUCCACGUCCACGUCCACGACCACGACCACGACCACGAUACCAAGUACCCCUUCCCCGUCCCGGCUUGCUUUUGCCGCGCGGCCCGUCGCAUCAAUCAAGAAAAAGCUCAUCAGACCCGGCAGACUGCCGCUGCCUUCGCUAGCGUCCGCUGCUAGGGGAACGGAGAAGACCAACCUCCCCUCAAGUCCAGCAAGGUCGAGGAGAUGGCCUCAAUCGCCCGCAUCGUCCGUAUCGACCCCGCCGCCCAUAACACCUUGUUCCCCGUUUUCGGUUUCCUCGACUGCUGCCACGGCGGAGACUUCGGUGCCGGCAACGCCCGCAUGCAUAUCAGGAGUAGCCGGCCCUGGCUCCUUUGUUGUUCGGCUUGUACACCCCGAUGUGGUUACUCCCCGCCAUGAGCGAAUCUUGCGACAGGCUAUUGACCGUGCUGGGAAGAAGUUCGGCAUUGGCCCAGAUCGGCUCCCUCAGAUGGCGAGAGCUUCAACAUUCGGCCUCACAGCCGCACUAACACACCGCUCCCUCGCCCAAAACGAAGUCGUCUUCUCCGCCGAAGGCCUAACCCUCGUGUCCCUCGACCGUCUGUACACUUUCAAGGCCGCCCUGGCGAGCUACUCGCGAACGGGCUGGCCGCCACGUCUCGAGGAUGCCGUCGACGAACUCAGGCGACUGGUCCUCGUCCGUCGCCGUGCUACGUCACGCGCGGAACUGCUCCGUUCAUACGACGGGUUGCGAGUCUCCGCCCAUGCAUUGGCCGAGGUGGAUCGCAUGUACCGCCGAGCAUAUGGAGGUCCAGAGCAAACGGGUGCCGUUGACGGCGUUGGGACACCCGAGAGGACAAAGCACGAAGAAGCCGAGGACGACGACGAGGGCGAGAAGUGGCGGAGAACGACAGACGAAGAUACUGGGCGAGACAAGGAGGAACAAGCCGCGUCUCGAUCCGCGUGGGAGGAUAGCGAGAGUGAUUUUCAAGAAGAGGCCGACCUUCCCAUCGUCAUGUUGGGACCCGCCCGCAAGUCGUCGACGCCGUCACUACGCAAGACGCCUGUCCUGAAGCUGAAGACGCAGUUCGACGCCACGCCACCUCCGUCUCCCGCACAGAAAGCACACGGCCCUCUUCACAACGCACAGCCAGUACGGCCAGAGAACACUGGCGAGGACAGCGCGAUGCCGACCGCCAAACCGGGCCGUGGGAGCCGGCAGGUUGCCAUCUGGAGUCCCAUUUCUAUUGCGGAGGUGCUCGGGGAUGACGGACGCAGCACAGCCCAGAGAGAAGGGCCCAUGACACCAAACGGCUAUGAUGACAUCUCCCCCAUUACAAGAGGGGAAUGGGGGUUUCUGAUGGGUGGUGCGACGGGCGGGGUGCAUCAUAUCCGGACGGCCGCGGUUGUAAGAUGUUGA